GCUGCUGCACGGGACGAGCGCCUGCAUGGUCUUAGGGUAGGUUUCGUCGAGAGAACCGCGCUACUGUGCGCUUCAGAUGUGUUAGCUCACGCGACAAGGCUAGGGGCGGGUGGCGAGCUGAUGAUGUUGGGAAACGCCCGGAAGGCUGGGGGCUGGCGCUCAUGUGGCCAGGUGAUUUGUGAUGAGAUGCCUCUGGCGGAAGAUCGUGAUGUGGAAGCGCCAAGAGAAUGGAAAGCGUGGAGGGAGCGUGGGGGCGUUUGGUCAGGUCCGGGCAGUGCCGCGGACCGGGUAAUGCUCAUUCAGGCAGUAGGUAGGUACUGUCAAGGCUAUGGUACAAUCGUGUGUAGCGAAAGCAGAGUGUAUGUGGUCGCUCAGCUCCAACGAGCGAGGUCCGCACCAGGUUGCAAACAACCAGAUUUCCCUCCCAACGACGGGCAGGUGGCACGCCGGCCAGCUCCGUCGGUGUCUAGUUUCCCAGUGAUCCGUGUAUACAAUUCGGCCUCCCGGGUUCCCACGUCCUCCCCCCAAAUCAACGCUCGCUCGCUCCAAACAAAGGUUCUAAUCCACCAAGCCGGGUGUGUGUCAAUCGCUCAAGGAACUCCAACGCUCGAAACAGGCCAGGAAUCCAAACAAAAUCUCUCGUGUCGUUCAUCGUAUUCGGAAACCAUCCAUAGAGUAAAAGUUGGUCAAGUGAUAGGUGUCGGGUGAAGUAAAAGUCGUCGACGGCCAAACUAGAAAACGGCCAUGUUCUUGAAGCAGGGAUACUGGGCCAAGUUGGGGACCAGAUUGGUACAUCUCUGCCAAGACGUAAAGGCCGGGAGGAACAUUCCAGUGUGGUUCGUCAGGCCGCUCUCGUUCGUAGGGACAGGAAAUUUGGCGCCAAAGUGGACGUAUUGG